AUGCCAUCCGAUUACUUCUCCCAAGGAGGAGCGAAUCGCUCCACCACUUCCGCCAACAUCAAACCCCAUUCGCAAGGUGAGAUUGAGACCAACCCCAUCAGUCCUCCACUGCAGACCUCGAACAAGCCAAAGGCAGCGAAACACGUCGUCCACAGCAGUAAUCGCAUACACACUCGGGUACCGUCCAGUAAAGCGCUACACAAGCUGAACAAGGCGCCGGCGCAUGGCAAUGACGAGUCGCACACGGAUUUGAAGAGCAAGAGGAACUCGUCGGCGACCAAUUUACGAAAGAACGCAAGCCAUGUCACUCUGAAGCGUAAUCGAUCUGCGGCCGAGGUCACCAAGAAAUCCAAGUUGUUGCAGUCGAAGGAGAAGGAGAGAGAGAAGGAAAAGAAGGCGCCCGCGGCCGUCCAUUUCGAGAUUGGCGAUCAGGACGACGGUGCAUGGGAAGAAGCAAGCAGCUCGGCGUCCCCAGCCCUGUCGAGAGCGCCAUCUCGCAGCGGCCCAUCUUCCGCGAAGCUAAGCGCAAACAACUCUCACGCAAAUUCUCCUCGUCCGAGUCGCCAUCAAUCGCCUGUCAGAUCCGAAGCGAAUUCAGCUGCAAAUGGAUCGCGUAACCAUAACGCAGAUGCGAAAAUCAUUACGGAACGAUUGCUUCAAAGGACCCCCUCACAUACGGCCACGACGGCAAAGAUGUCGCUUGCAACUGCGCUGCCAGCUACUUCAUCGCAAUCCCCUGACUCGCCGAGUAAGAUUACUCCCUCUACUUCAAAUGGAACACCGCAAGUAGGCAGUAGUAAUCCGGAUAUGGCACCACAAUUUGUCACGGGUUCCGGAACAUCCAGCGACAACUCCCCCUUUCUUCAACAGCAUGCGAUCCCGAAGGGCGAAGAUGUGAAGCGGGCACAAUCGAUGGGAAACCUCAAACGACAAGAUUCCUCCGCCCGUGAAACGGACGAGGAUGAGGAGAGCGCGUUACUUCCUCGAAGCCGAAAGCCUUCUAACGGUUAUGCAUACAAUCCUCCACAGCAAUCACGCACACAACAGAAGUUGUGGCUCCAACGCGCAAGUUCCAAUAUCGAACCCGCACAAAUGGCAGCUGGAGUAGGUAUAAAUGGUAUGGGAGCCGUACAUGCUGGAUUUGGAGGCUCGUCUCUUGUAGGCGCUGGAUACGACGGAAAGGACCCUCGAAUUAAAUUACAACUUGAGCGAACUGGUACAGAAUAUCUUGUUGUUAGACGUCACCAAGAUCCCGUUGGUCUCUCAUUGAACCGAUUGAAUCAACUUCCUGGCGCAGAGAAAUAUCGACGUAUACCACAACAACCAUCACACAAUUCGCGAAGAAGCGAAGGUGGAAAUGGUAGUGCCGGAAGAUAUGGAUUGAGUCAGAGUAUGAGGGAUUUACGAAAUGGUGGCGCUAGUAGGGGAACGACUGUUCAUGGAAGCUUCGAGGCAGAUGUAAGUUUGGAUGGACUUAGUGGCGCUGAUGAGGGCGAUGAUAGUGUGAGUGCUAUUUUGAGAAGUAUGUGGGACAAGAGCUUUGAUAUGAGUGCUAGUACCGAUUGA